AUGUCAACUUCUAUAUCACAAUAUCAUGUUAUGAGAGCUACCGGAUAUUAUGAUAUAACUUAUGAAACACCGUUGUCAAACCAAGCUUAUAUUAUAUGUGAAAUAAUAUCUCAUUUAGAAAUUCAAACUGACUUGGCUGCUUGUUGUUUGGUAUCCCGUUUAUGGAAUACUUGCGUAACACCAAAAUUAUGGAAAGCUCCGUGUAUGAAACGCGCUUCGACUUUGAAUAAAUUUAUUAGAACAUUGGUGAGAUCAAAACAGAAUUCUGCUUCCUUAUAUGCUUAUGGCUGUUUUAUUCAGAAUCUCGACUUGUCGCGACUUACACUCGCUUGUUCAGCUGCCGAAUUGGGUCUGAUAUCUGAAUGUUGUGGCGUGUUGAAACACCUUGACUUUUCUAACGUUCAAGAAUUAAGGGAUGAUGUUUUGAGUAGAAUUGCGGGACGAUGUUCGGAUUUGAGAUCAUUAAAAUUAUUGAAUUUACCUCACAUUACUGAUGACUCUUUGAAGCAGAUCAUCGAUAGGUGUCGAUUGUUGGAACAUCUCUCUUUUGGUGAUUGCACGAACGUUAAGAAUGAUUCAUUAAUUAGACUUGCCUAUGCGAAACAUCUUACGACCCUUGAAAUAUAUAUUGGAAACACUAUUGAAAUUCAUACCUUUACGCUUAUAACUCAACAUUGUUUAAGGUUGAAGAAUUUACAUAUAUGGGAUUGCGGUUUGCUUGAUGACAACGCUAUAACCAUUAUGGCCAUUAAUAUGAAUGAGAAUUUAGAAUCUCUAAUCCUUCAAAACCCAAGAUAUAUAACCGAUUUAUCAAUGACACAGGUGGCAUUUAGAUGCCCCAACCUUCGUCAUUUAAGUUUGGAACCAUAUGAAAGGGUAACAGAUGCGACCUUAUUCGCUCUGGCUGAUUAUUGUUUACAUUUAGAAUCGCUUCAAGUGAACUUGCAUAGAUCAAAGCACUUUUCAAAUCGUGGAUUCUUGAUGAUAGCUGAACGAUUGAGAAUGCUUAGUAAAGUGACUUUUCAAUAUUCAACGCCACUUGUCACUGACGUUACUUUAAGCAUGUUGGGUAUUAGGAAUGCCAAAAGCUUAACAUAUCUUCAUCUUUAUAAUUGUAGCUUUACUGAUUCGUCUUUCUUGGUACUUGAAAAGAGUCGUCCACCGAUUAAUGAUCUUUGCUUAUUCAAUUUACCUGAUAUUACGGAUGAGCCCAUAAUUGCUCUACUUGGGAGCAUUUCUGAAACCCUUACAACUUUACAAAUUUCGAAUUGUGACCGACUUACCGAAGAAGUAUUAAUAUCUGGUAUAAGAAACUGUAGAGGUUUAAGAAAAUUAAGUUUAUUUUCAUCCACAGAUUUUACUAUUCGUGGUUUAGAUGCGAUCGUUUCAAUAUGCUCUCAGUUAAAAGAAUUUUAUUUAUCCAGUACUGAAGAUAUUCCGAAUACGAUUAUCGCACCAACCUUAACGCGUCUAAGGUAUCUUGAAAAAUUACGAAUUCGUGUCUGUCCUAGUUUAACACAGGAUGACGUAUUGAUGAUUUGUUGUGUCAUGACAGUGGUUUCAAAAGAAGCAAUAAAAUUACCACCGCUUUCACCUUUCGGAAAUGCUAUAGCAGGUUCUUUAGGAGCACUUUUUGCUUUGGCUAUAGUUUAUCCUUUGGAUAUUAUAAAAACUCGACUUCAAAUUCAAUCGAAGAGUUCGUCAGCCAAUGAUAAUUACUAUGAAUCAACGGGAGAUGCGAUAUAUAAAAUAAUUAAAAGAGAAGGCAUUUCUGGUUUAUAUGCGGGAUUACCAGCCGGAUUAAUUGGAGUUGCAUCAACCAAUUUUGCAUAUUUUUAUUGGUAUUCAUUUUUACGUGCGAGGUAUCAAAAUACCAUAACGAAAAGUUCGAAUACACAACAAUCCUUGUCAACAAUAUCAGAAUUAUUAUUAGGAGCAUUGGCGGGAGCGCUUGCUCAAAUAUUUACAAUUCCUGUAUCAGUAGUAACGACAAGACAGCAAACGGCAAGCAUUGAAGAAAGAAAUGGAUUAAUCGAUACAGCGAAAGAAAUCGUUUUGGAUGAUGGUGUUACAGGGUUAUGGAAAGGAUUAAAACCAAGCUUAAUAUUAUGUGUUAAUCCUGCAAUUACGUAUGGAGCUUUCGAAAGAUUUAAGGAUAUAGUUUCAAAAAGGUUAUCAACUAAUGGAGAUAAUCAACGAUCACUUGGUCCUGCUAUAAUUUUCUGGUUAGGAGCAUUAAGUAAAACUAUUGCCACUAUAGUUACUUACCCUUAUAUUAUGGCUAAGGUUAGAUUACAAUGUAAACCACCAAAGGAUGAAGUUGUAUUUGAUGAACGUAACGGAAAACUUGAAGAGGAUUAUUUUAACAUAGUUGAAAGCCAUGAAAGAAAAUCUAUUAAACAUGCAAGAUAUACCGGAGCGAUUGAUGUGUUAAAAAAAGUCUUAGAAACUGAUGGUAUUCUCGGAUGGUAUAAGGGGAUGCAAGCGCAAAUCACAAAAGCUGUAUUAUCUCAAGCUUUAUUAUUUUAUGUUAAAGAAUAUACCACUAAAUACACCAUAUUACUUCUCGCUUUAUUUGCAAGAUUGGCAUCUAAUAAAAAACGAGUACAGUAA